AUGAAACAUGCAGCUGAUGAUGAAACUCUUCAAACAAAUAUUUUCGAUGCAUUUUAUAAAAAUAAACUAAUGCAAGGCAAACUAGAUGAACAGCAACGGUUAUAUUAUAUGGAAUAUGUUAAAAAUAUGAAAAAUAAUAAUUUAAAUGUACAAAUAAAUAAAGCAUUAUUAUAUACAUGGAAAAAAGAAAGUUAUAUUCGACAAUUAAUAAAAAAUUUACAAGAAUAUGAAAGAAAACGUAUUGGUUUUCAUGAUAUUUUUUAUGAAAGCCAAUUAAAUAGUUUAAAACAUAUUACAACUAAUCAACAAAGUCCUGUUAUACCAUUGACUGAAGAAGCAAAUCGUUUAAAUAUUAAUGUAAAAUUGCAGCAAUUUUUUCAAGAUAAUCCUGUUCGAAUGAAAUCAUCAAAGUCUAUUGUUAAAACGGAUAGUAAUGAUCUAGCAGAAUCACCUAUAGACUUAAAAGAACAACAACUAAAACUUGCACCAUUAAGUCGAAAUGGGUCAUCAAAAAGUAAAUCUUCAAUUAAACAUCAUGAAGAAUCAACUACAGAUGAUACAUCAAAUGUAUCUGUUAUAGGAAUGUCCGAAAAAAAACGACAAUCUAUUUUAAAAUUAACUCAGUCUGUACCUGUACGCUCGAGAUUAUUUGGAAAUAUGGAGCCAGUAGUAGUUGUAUCUGAAACAUUAGAGAGACAAACUAGACCUGAUCUUGUCACAAUGCGUAGUGUAAGACGACCACAAAGAGAUCCAGCAGAUUUAAAUCUUAUUUUUGAAGUACGAAAACGUAUUUAUCAAACAAAUAAACGUAGUUAUGAGAAACAAUUAUAUCAUCGAAGAUGUGGUUUAUAA